UCAUCAGCACGGUAACCACGGCAACCAGGAAACACUUCAGCACCCUGCUGUCCCUGCUGGGAGCCCUGCUGAGGAAGGAGCAGCUCUACACUGAGGCCAGGAAGCUGUUGUUGACGUGGUCUCUGGAGAUGUGCCUGAUGAUGAAGAGGUCUGAUACCUACACCCCUCUCUUCUCCCUGCCCUCCUUCCACAAGUUCUGCAAGGGUCUGCUCCACAAUGCCCUGAAUGAGGACCCAGUCAUCUGCCUGCAGACCUGCAACAGCCUUCAGGUCAUCUCCUCCUCACUCAACACAGAGCUGCUGCAGAGGUGUGUGGAUGUGUGUCGUGUCCAGCUGGUGCACUCUGCGGUGAGGGUGAGGCAGGCGUACGGCAAGCUGCUGAGGACAAUCCCUCUGGACGUGACACUCAGUAACCACAGCCACCCAGAGAUAGAGGAGAUCUCCUUGGUGGUCCGUCGUCACAUGAGCCGCCCCCAGCAGCACCUUUCACCCCCAGGACUUCAGUGA